UGGUGCGCAGGUUAAACCAACAACAUUAAGAGAUAUAGGAACAAUGGCGGCUGCUCUGUCAAAAAACAUCCUUGACACAAUUCUAGAUGAAACUAUGGCUGAAAGUGUUCCUUUUUCUAUGGAAGCGAUUAAGGAAAAGAGAACAUCACAAGAUAUAAGAAAAAAAGCGGGAUUCAAAAACGAUAUCAAUGAGGAUGAACAAAAAAAGUUCGAUGAACAAGAAAAAUAUUUCAAGGAAAAAGGUGCGACUGCCUUAGAGAGAACCACUGUAGCCCCUAGCAGCAGAAAGAGGAGAUCGACAGCCUCCCUGACAUGUACGGUUAUGCACUUGCUUGGUACUACUGGACUUUCUGCACUGACCACUACCCAGAUUUCCAACUUAGCUGACCAUGAGUUUGUCGAUUGUGCUGAGACCCUAGGGUCGGUCACUGACUACAGUACCGCCCAAAAGGACGCACUCUUGGUCGUAGCUACCCGAGCAACGGUGUGGGGUGACCCGUCCUCCUGGCUCACUACUGACAUAUACAGCUCCGGUGUGAUAUGUCAGGCCAUGACCGAGGUCCAGAUCGCCACCCUCAACCUUGAUCUGGAUACUGUCAGUCGUCUCGGACAGUUUAAUGGCUGGGACACGCUCAAGAAAAAAUCAGUAUUUGCCCGAUGGUUGAAUCUACACAAGUCCGGAGACAGUAGCACGAUAACUGCCAGUGAGCUGCGGUCGCUUGGACACAUCACGUGUGGAGCUGAGACCAGUCACAUCAACAAUAUACCGAUAUCUGUCUACCAGGGCGCAGUGGAUUCCAUUGGAGAACUGACAAGUUGUGAGAUCAGUCAACUCCAGGCGUUUGCAAGCCUUGCUAAAACUGCUUAUGGGAGUGCCAUCUCGACAUGGGAUUCGACAGUGAUUACCAACGUCGGAACAAGCAUAGGUGGACUGAGUGCAAGUGAGAUCAGCAGCUUGACAGCGUCCCAGAUUGAUGCUGUGGAUCCCAACCACAUUUCGUACAUUCCCAACGCUAUUUUUUCGGGUUUCACGGCUAGCCAGAUCAACACAUUCAGUCCGUCGCAGGCUCAGUCCACCACCACGAGCCAGAGGGCAGCACUGACGUCAUCCCAACUCAACGCUUUAUCUACAGUAGCAUCCAUUACAUGGGUCAGCGCAG